AUGAUUUCACUUGACUUUUCUCUACAUUUUUCUCUCUCUUUUCUUUUUUCUCUUGCACUCUCUCUCAAACUUUUUACUUUCUUCUUCUUUAACCUUUUUUUCUGCUCUCCACUUGCUGUCUUUUGUUUCCUUACUCUUUUUCAUCUUUUUCAUUCUCUCUUAACCCAUCUGUUUUCUCAUGUCCUUCUUACCCGUCUUUCUGCCUUUUCCUUUUUUCUCUCCUUCUAUUUACUGCCUUUCUUUCUCUUUGUUAUACCGGAUUUAUCUCUCUCUUUUCUUUCUAAUUUUCUCUCUCAUCCUUUCUCAUAUUCUCUCUUCAAUGCUUUCCUCUUUUCUGCUGCUCAUUUUUCCCUUUUAAAGUUUGUGUUGGUUGUUUUGACUUUUCUCUCUCUUGCCAUUUUCUUUCUCUUUUUAAUUAAUUUCUCUUCUUUUCAUUCUCCUUUUCAUUUACUCAUUUCUCUUAUUCUUUCUUUUUUUUUUCUUUCUAAUUUUCUUUCUAUCCUCUUUCUUUUUUCUUUCUGCCCUCUUUCUCUUCUCUUUAUUUUCUCUUAUUCUUUCUUUCUUUUCUUACUUUCUCUCUUUUCUUUCUUUCUGCCCUCUUUCUCUUCUCUUUAUUUUCUCUUCUUUCUUUUCUUACUUUCUCUCUUUUCUUUCUUUCUGCCCUCUUUCUCUUCUCUUUAUUUUCUCUUAUUCUUUCUUUUCUUACUUUCUCUCUUUUCUUUCUUUCUGCCCUCUUUCUCUUCUCUUUUUUUUUCUUCUUUCUUUUCUUUUUUCUCUCUUUCUUUUCUUUCUGCCCUCUUUUCUCUUCUCUUUAUUUUCUCUUCUUUCUUUUCUUACUUUCUCUCUUUUCUUUCUUUCUGCCCUCUUUCUCUUCUCUUUAUUUUCUCUUAUUCUUUCUUUUCUUACUUUCUCUCUUUUCUUUCUUUCUGCCCUCUUUCUCUUUUCUUACUUCUUUCUUUCUCUUUCUUCUCAUUUGUUCUAUUUUCUUUUUCUCUUUCUCUGUUUAUUUUCUCUUUCUCUUCUCUUAUUCUCUUUUGUUCUUUAUUUUCUCUUGUUCUUUUUUUCUCAUUUGUCCAUUUUCUCUUUCUUUUCACUCUCUCCUUUUCUUUAUUUUCUCUUUUUCUUUCCUUUAUUUUCUCUUCUUCUCUUCCCUUUAUUUUCUCCUUUUCUUCUUUCUUUCUCCUUCUCUUUUAUUUUCUUUCAUUUUCUCUUUUUCAUUUUCUAUUUUCUUUCAUUUUCUCUUACUCUUUUCCUUUCUGUUCCUCUUAUUCUCUCUUUCUCUUUCCUUUAUUUUCUCUUUCCUUUAUUUUCUCUUUCCUUUAUUUUCUCUUUCUCCCAUUCUACAAAUUUUCACAGACUGGUCUUCACUCUCUCUACACAUGUCUGCACCCUCCUUCUCACAAGUGUAUCUGUCUUCCUCUUCUAAAGUCUCCUCCUUUCUCCCUCACUCUCAAUCAACUUCUCUUCAUUUUCUCUUUAGCAUAUCUUUCUUCCAUUUCAUUAUUUCCUUAUCUCUCCUAUCCUCUUUACGUUCCAUCACUUGAUUCUGUGUCUGUUGUAAUUUUUCUUCACCCACAAUUUCCCUUUUUCUCUACCCACUCUAUUUUUCUCUGUUUCUUUCUUGGCUCACACUCUCUCUCUCUCCUUCCUCUCUCUCUGUUCUCCUUUUUCUUUCUCCUUCUCCUUUUCUUCUUUUCCUCUCUCUCUUCUUCUCCCUUUUCCUCUCUCUCUUCUUCUCCCUUUUCCUCUCUCUCUUCUUCUCCCUUUUCCUCUCUCUCUUCUUCUCCCUUUUCCUCUCUCUCUUCUUCUCUCUUUUCCUCUCUCUCUUCUUCUCCUUUUUCCUCUCUCUCUGCUUCUCCCUUUUCCUCUCUCUCUGCUUCUCCCUUUUCCUCUCUCUCUGCUUCUCCCUUUUCCUCUCUCUCUGCUUCUCCCUUUUCCUCUCUCUCUGCUUCUCCCUUUUCCUCUCUCUCUGCUUCUCCCUUUUCCUCUCUUUUCCUCUCUCUCUGCUUCUCCCUUUUCCUCUCUUUUCCUCUCUCUCUGCUUCUCCCUUUUCCUCUCACUCUCUCUCCUUUUCCUUUUUCCUCUCACUCUCUCUCCUUUUCCUUUUUCCUCUCACUCUCUCUCCUUUUCCUUUUUCCUCUCACUCUCUCUCCUUUUCCUUUUUCCUCUCACUCUCUCUCCUUUUCCUUUUCCUCUCACUCUCUCUCCUUUUCCUUUUUCCUCUCACUCUCUCUCCUUUUCCUUUUUCCUCUCACUCUCUCUCCUUUUCCUUUUUCCUCUCACUCUCUCUCCUUUUCCUUUCCCCCCUCUCUUCUUUUCCCUUUUCCCCUCUCUCUCUGUCCUCCUUUUUCCUUCCUCUCUGUCCUCCUUAUUUUCCUUCCUCUCUCUCCUUAUUUUCCUUCCUCUCUCUCCUUAUUUUCCUUCCUCUCUCUCCUUAUUUUCCUUCCUCUCUCUCCUUAUUUUCCUUCCUCUCUUCCCCAUUUUCAUUUUCUUCCUCCUCCUCUUUUUCCUGUCUCUCUAUCCCACUUUUUCAUUUUUCUCUCCUUCUUGUUUGAAGUUUUUCUUUUCUUUCUCUUUCUCUGA